AUGCACGCUAGGCGCGCGGCCGUCUUCUCCGUUCUGCUCGCGCUCCCCAUCGUGGCGUUCGUGCCGCGCGCGCCGUCGUCCUGGUCCGUCUUCCGAUCCCGGCCUCUCCUGAACGCCGGCGGCAAAGUUCGCGCCGGUGGCUGCGACUACUCCGACGGGGCAUGGGUGCGGGACGCCGAUUCCCCGACGGUUUACACGGAGGAUUGCCCGUUCCUGGACCCUGGUUUCCAGUGCGCACGCAACGGCCGGAGCAACUCGUCGUUCCGGCACUGGCGAUGGCAGCCUCGCGGCUGCAACCUCCCUAAGUUUAACGCGAGCGAUAUGCUGGAGAGGAGCCGGAACGGGCGGAUCGUGUUCGCGGGCGACUCGAUCGGCCGCAACCAGUGGGAGUCCAUGGUGUGCAUGCUCGCCGCCGGCGCCGGCGGGUCGAGGAUCUACGAGCAGUCCGGGAAGCCCAUCGGCCGGCACAAGGGGUACCUCUCCAUGGUCUUCGCGGACUACAACCUCUCCGUGGAGUACUACCGCGCGCCGAUGCUCGUCAGGGUCGACCGCUUCCCGGCCCCUGCGAGCGACGAUGUCGCGGUCGUCAGGGGAGCGGUCCGGCUGGACGCGCUGCCGCGGCACGCCGACCGCUGGGCCGGCGCCGACGUGCUCGUCCUCAACACCGGGCACUGGUGGAACGAGCACAAGACCAUCAAAGCAGGAAACUAUUUCAUGGUUGGCAAGCGGUUCAACGUGACCACGGACAUCAGGGAGGCGUUCCGGUUGUCGCUGCAGACGGUGAAACGUUGGGAGCUGAGUAAUGCGAGGCGUUCCAAGAGCUAUUUGUUCUUCAGGAGCUAUUCCCCAUCCCAUUAUAGCAAUGGCGCGUGGGACACAGGCGGCUCUUGUGCAGCCCAGCAGGAGCCACAAACAGCCACAGGCGGCGACCAGUUCAUCGAGGAGAAUUCGUGGAUGAACGCGGCGAUCUCGAGCACGAUGCGAGACGCGAGGAGAAAAGGGAGGAACGCCCGGUUCCUGAACAUAACGCACAUGACGGAGCUGAGGAGGGACGGCCACCCGUCGCGGCACCGGGAGCCCGGGACGCCGCCGGACGCGCCGGAGGACUGCAGCCACUGGUGCCUGCCGGGCGUGCCGGACACGUGGAACCAGCAUGGAGCCUUCCUGGAGCUCUUUGACCGCAUCGUGCACUCACCGGAGGAGGCCGCUCCUAGGUGGGAAGAGUACGUCAACAACGUAUGUCUUACACUCCUGGAGAAGGCAUCCGCUCGCCUCUUCGCCAACCUUGAACGCCUCGCACCGGGCCUGGAUGACAAGGAGUUCCUGGGACACCCGUUCGCCCUGACAAAGGACGCCGACCCAGCUCAAGUCCGGCUGAGCAAGGAACGAGUUGCCAAGCGCACACAACUUUUUGUUGGGAAGCUCCAACGCGGGAUGGCACCAGAUGUUGUUGGAGAGGGUGCUUCCUUGAAGAAGGAUGGCCCUGGAGCUGAAGGUUCUGACAGCAGCAACUUUGGCGAGUCAGGAUCGGGCCAGUCGGAAUCCAAAGAUAGCAGUGGCUCUGGUGAGAGUGCCUUUGGAGAUAGCGACUAUGCGCCCUGA